GCGCGGUUGCUAAGCAACGGCAACACCGCGCGCGUUACCGGCCGGCGCGACGUAGCCGGCAAACGAGAGAGAUAGAGAGGGAAAGAUAGAGAGAAAGAGAGCGCGAGCGGCUCUCGCGCGUACAGUGGCGCAGAAUUUCGCACAGAACGACGGCGGCUUUCAUGGAGCGCGUACGCGGCGGAUUGUAAACGUUACACCGUGCGAAGCCGAGCGGACCCACUCACACUCGGACGGGCGCGCUUUCUCUCCCUCCUUUCUCUCUUUCUCUUUCUCUCUCUCUCCUUCUCCCUCUCUCCGUCUCUCCUUCGCUCCGUCUCCUCCGUUCGUCGCCUCGCGAUCGCGGACGGUACGACGCACGCUCCCUUUCUUGACGUAUCCCCGCCGCGGCCGCCGGAGAUCCUCAGUCUCGCGGUAAAGGACGUCGCGCGAGCUUCAGAGUUGCAGGGACGCCCGAGACGUAGAGGACGGUAAAGAUGGCAGAGGACAAGAACGAGACCAGCCCCGGCGCCGAGGGCGAGAAGCCGCCGCAGGAGGCGGCGGCGGCGGUCAAGGAGGAGCCGGCGAAGGAGCGCAAGGAGGACGAGAAGAAGGUCGAGGAGAACGGCGAGGGCGAGAAGCCGAAGGAGAACGGCGAGGAGAAGACGACGCCGGAGCCGAAGGACAUGCGGGCGAUCGUGCUCAACGGUUUCGGCGGCCUCAAGAGUGUCAAGGCCCUGCGGAAGCCGGAGCCCGCCCUCGGCGAGGGUGAGGUCCUCAUACGCGUCAAAGCCUGCGGGUUGAACUUCCAGGAUUUGAUGGCCAGGCAGGGCGCGAUCGACUCGCCCCCGAAGACCCCGUUCAUCAUGGGCUCGGAGUGCGCGGGUGACAUCGAGCAGGUCGGCGAGGGGGUCGAGAAUUUCAAAGUAGGCGAUAGAGUGGUCGCCCUUCCCGAUCACAAAGCGUGGGCGGAGCUGGUCGCCGUGCCGGCGACGUCCGUUUUCGCGCUACCGUCCGGGAUGAGCUACCUCGACGCGGCCGCCAUCACCAUGAAUUACACCGUAGCUUACAUCCUGCUCUUCGAGCUGGCCCAUCUCACGCCCGGCAAGAGCCUGCUGCUUCACAGCGCCGGGGGCGGUGUGGGCCAGGCGGUGGUGCAGCUCGCGAAAACCGUGAAGGACGUGACCAUCUUCGGCGUGUGCAGCAAAUCCAAGCACGAGGCCCUCAAAAACGCGGGGACCAUCGAUCAUCUUCUGGAACGCGGCGCGGACUACAGCAACGAGGUCAGAAAAAUCUCCCCGGAAGGCGUGGACAUCGUCCUGGAUUGUCUAUGCGGCGAGGAAUGUAACAAGGGCUACGCCCUCUUGAAGCCGAUGGGCAAGUACAUCCUCUAUGGAUCCAGCAACGUCGUCACCGGGGAAACUAAGAGCUUCUUUUCCGCGGCGCGAUCAUGGUGGCAAGUCGAUAAAGUGUCGCCCAUAAAGCUGUUCGACGAGAACAAGACGUUGUCCGGGUUGAAUCUACGCCACUUGAUGCACCAGCACGGUAGUCACGCGUUCGUUCGACGGGCGGUGAAUCAAGUAUACACGCUGUGGGGCGAGGGCAAGAUCAAGCCAGUGGUGGACUCAACAUGGGCGCUCGAAGAUGUGCCCGAGGCUAUGCAAAAAAUGCACGAUCGCAAGAACAUCGGUAAGAUCGUGCUGGAUCCGAGUCUGGAGCCGAAGCCGAAACCAGCUACGCCGGCUAAAGGCAAAGCGAAAGACAAGAAGGCUGCGAAUCAAGAGGAGAAAAAGGCGUCUAGCGUAGAGUCGGAAGAGGGGGAGAAGAAGAAGGAGCCCGAGUUGACAAACGGUACCUCAGAAGACAAAUCUGAUAGCGAUUCGAAAGAGAAGGAAUCUAGCUGAAUUAGCGAUAGUAACUAAUCCUAUAUGAGCAAAGAAAUGAUACCGAUAAACAUCAAGAAUUCCCAGGAAAGUACUAUUGCUGAGAGAUCCAUCGCUGUUAUCCGAGAGUACGAUAAAUUUGACUUGAGUAAUCCACGAAUGGUAUCGCGUAGAAUUUACAUGCAGAUGAUCCACAAUGAACUGUAAUUCAUAUCAUAUGUCCUAAUAAUGUAACGGGGGAAAUGUAAUCUUGUUCGAGCUGUCGCCUGUGGAACAUGGAAUUUAAAGUUUCAGCGAGUAACUGAUCGCUUGCACUGUAAGCUAUACACCGCUUUCCUUUUACUAAUGUCCCUCCCUUUGCCGUAUGUCAUCUGCAUGUACCUAUUCUACUCACAUUUGCGCCGAGAUUAAGAGCUCACGCGAAUUACGAGAGAAGGAGAAUCAACCAGCAUAUUGCAUAAGGACGAGAGAAUCAACCAAAUAGAAAUAACAAUCUUGAUGCGGUCCACAGUAGUUUACAGAAUAUAAGAACGUUAUGUUUAUUUUUUCACACCGACCAAAUGGUUAAUUUUGCGAGGAGUUAAGUAAACAACUGUUGGAUGCCGGAUAGUCAUUAAGCAGCUUGAGUCUUUUUUUUUAAUUAUUAUCGUUAUUGUCAUAAUUUUAGGAAAUGGUUAACAGCCUUUCCGUACUUAUGAUACAGUCGUGAAGACGACGUAAUAGAGACGCGGUUUAAUAAGCAGUUUAAUAAUUGUGUGUUGUCCAACAGCUAUUUACUUGGCUCUAUCUACUUGUAUCGAAUACUAUCGCUGCUAUUACGAUAUAUACUAACAAUCUCUUACAUUAAUAUAAUAUUACCUCUAUUUGUAAUUUAAUGGGAUAAAAUAACAUAUUGCGCUAGAGUUUCCGUGGAGAAAAGCUAAACGCGGGGCUGCAUUACUUUCGUAUGUAAAUUUUAUGUAUUAAAGAUGUUUUUACGCCACCUUAUUAUUCAUCGUGAUGCUUUUGUCACGAUGAAAUAUCCUUUUAAAUUUUAACGAUAUAUAGUCAUGAAAGUCAAGAGUAAUAUUUAGCAUUACAUAUUAUGGGGCAUUUCGCUGGAAUUUAGACACUCUUUUUUCAUACUCUUUCAUACUUGGUAGUUUUUAUGUAAAAUUAAUUGUACACUUCAAGAUUUUCCUAUGUAAAAGUUGAAAAGUGAAAAAAAAUAUUAAAAGUGUCUAAAUGUAACUGCCUGAAAACUUAUUGCAAUCGGUAUUUUUCUAUUAUCCGGAUUGUGUCUCUUUCUUCAAAUUUCUGAUAUGUACUGAUCUCUGCAACGAUAUAUCAACGAGAUGCUUUCAAGGUAUUUCGACUGAGUUUUGGAAAUCCGACGUAAUGCAAAACUAUUUAAGGCUAAAUGCAUUCGUUGAUGUUUAUCAUGCGCUAAAAAGUUUGGAUAAUGUUCAGAUUUAAUAUCUAAUCUGAUUAUAAGAACUAACUGAUGUAUAACGUGAAUUAAUUAAGCGAAAAUGUAAUUAGACUGACUAAUUAUGGCUUGAAAUUGUAAAAGCCUAAUAGAGACAUUGCUCGGCACAGGAGUGCUUUGAGAAUUAUCUUAGCGAAUGUUGGCGUAUUAUUAUUUCUACGUGAAAGAGAGAGACUUUCGAAUCACAGUUUCAAUGAGAGGAACAUUGAGCGUACGUGCUCGUACAAUACGCAUGUCUCGUCGUUUUUAUUCAGAUAUACAAAUCGAUAAUGUAUUUUAAAGACUCCGAGUAACUUUUUAUCGUUUAAAUGAAAUUUUAUAAACAUUUUAAUGACGUUGCAUCAACAUAUGUACAUGAAGAGUAAUUUAAUGAAUUAGCAUCGUAGAAUAUAUCGCUUUUUUUUCUAUGAGAAUGAACGACAGUCUAAAGUACGCAAAGGCCUCAUUUCUUUUAUUGUCGUAUACUCGCGUGAAUGUAGUUGUGUCGCUUGGACGCCGAACGCGUGACUGCAGUCCGAUAAAUUAUGUUAAAAUCCGCGUCGCGGAUUUUCUCUCGACUUUCGAACCUUCGGGUUAUAAUUUUCCGACCGGCCGUGAUAUAUUCGUGCAUAUCUCGUCGGCCGGUCCUGCGUGAGUAAAAACAGUGAAGAACGCGUUACUAACGGUGAACUGUUGAGCGAGAAGGUUUCGUAGUAAUAUAAACGGAAGAUUAAGGAUCCUCGUGAGUCUCGAGGAAAUGAAGGAAGGAGGAAAAAGAAAGAAAAAGAUCUCGAGGGCGUGUCCUCGACGGAACGCGGCUCGGAGGAGCUGGCUGAUGCAGAAUGAAGUGUGCAUAUCUCUCCGGAACGUUGGAACAAUUUUGAUGUAGCCGAUUUCGUUAGGAUUUGAUACUAGCUCUGUAUACCGAUAUCUAUAUUAUACAAAUCACUAUGCGAGACGAAAGAGAGUCACGCGGACGAGGGGGAAGGUAUGCGUCGACGAUAUCCCGUACGCCGAUUUCGAGAGCACGUCUCGGGAGGAGCGCGCGUAUAAGCGCCAAGAAUUAACUGCCGUAUCGAAUCUCUCGGUCCAAAGGUACACAAUACUAAUCCUUACUCGUCGAGAAUAAAAAAACGUAUCAGUCUGAAAAAGAAAAAGACAAAAAAAGCGUGGAAAAAACACACUGCGAAAAACAUGGUAAAUGUGGCUGCAUAUUUUGAGACAUCUUUUAAACACGUAACGAUAACACACGAUAAUCCCACACGGGACGAACACGAGAGUACACGAGUACACGCUCACACAUAAAAAUACGACGACACCACACAUCAUACUGUAUAUUUUAUUGUAAGGCUUUAAAUGUUUCAUCAAAUAACUCUAUUAUAUUAUAAUAUAUCUAUAUAUUUGUAUCGAUCGUUUCCUCCUGCCCUGAUUACUUUUUUUACUUAGGUCCGAACGUCAGGCUAAAGAGUCCGGGAACUGUGCGAGGUGUUACACGUGGGAUCAGAGAUGCGAGAGCUUUGAAUUUAAAGUGUAGAUUAGCGCGAGGGAAUGCCGAAUGUUUCGGGAUAAUUAGUGAUUUAUUAAUCGAACAGCCAAAUCUUUUACGCACAACUGCCCUAAGAAAUUGUAUUUCCAGAGAUGUUUUGCGUUCUCUCGGUUGAAGGACGACCUCGUGAAUGUGUUGCAUUCAACAUUUUCUGUAUAGCUAGUAGCAAUAGUUUGUUCUCGGUUAUUUCUCCCUCGACGAAAGAGAGACGAGAUGUUUCGGAUAUACUUUUCGCGAUUAGCUGCCUUUGACGAAGAACCGAGAAUAAGGCCGCGAGGUCAUCACGUUGAUUUGUAUUGAUUACCCAGCGCAUUUGACCGCCGUACUUUGGAAAUGUUUAUCUGCUAUCCUCUCUUUAUCAUACCGCUGUCUUGUAACUGCGAAACAUUGUAAUUGUAAUUUUGGAAGAGCGUUUUAAUCAAGAGCACGAAAACUACGUGAGCAUUGCGGGAAUGUUCUUACAAACUGAAUUUCUAUUUUAUAAAACCACGUAUUUUUAACGUGUCACAUUUUUCGUGACGCAUCCUCACAUACAGAUCGUUUGACUGAGCCACUUUUAUAGUAAAUUUUAUGAGCCGAGCGAAUUUGAAGUCUUCUAAACCGUGAGACAAUCCGCGCGAACUGUCCACGCCCCGAAAUAUGCGUUCGAUAGUUUUAAGAAUUAAAAAUUAUGAGUUCAUGCGUCGCAAGAAUCGUCGAGUGAUAUAAUCCGUCACUCGUUCAUUCGCGCUAGAGUGAAUCUGUAAAGCCAAUUGCGUACACAUUAUAAAUCAUCGUCGCGAACGACGAAGGGAGAUUAUUCGCAGUUGCUGCAAAAGAAGGAGAUACACGGCGGAAAUCAGUUUCCAAGCUUCAGUGACAAUUUUUCUCUGCCGUUGGAAGAAUAGUUUCACUCUCGUCCCAAGACUACGACCAUUCCGUUCGGCGCGAUAGAGAGAGAGAAAGAAAGGAAGUUGAGAAUGUCGUGUGCGUCUUAUUAGUUGUGCGAAACCGCAUCGUUGGAGAGCAGGACCUACAAUUUCGCGAACGUGAUACAUUAUGAUUGUGUAAAAUUGUAAAAUUUGUCGAGGAGUCCGGGCGAAAGCGACGCGCUUUUUCCGCCUGUGAGACUCUUGGGUCGCGACCAGCCACGCCGAAGAUGCUCACGUAUGAAGGAAAGGAUACCUUCGCCCGCUCCCCGUCAAGCUUGAUAUAUAGAUUGUAUUUUUGGCUUAUUACUGUAAGACUGACUAUGUUGCUAUAUUAAAGAUUGCUUCAAAAACAGG